AUGGCUGAUCAAGCUAAAGGCUUGUUCUCAGAAUGCUCUUUCGCAUUCGUACCGAGUGCCUACUUGGCACCCAAAGAGAUUAGUGAGCUCUCCGAGAUCGUCACAGGCCGUGGCGGUGAGGUUCUCGAUCCACGACGCGAUGGAUCUAUCCGACUGGAACAGGUUUCUCAUAUUGUCUCGAAUACGAUCGAUUUCCCCCAGUUCACCGAAACGCAAGCCUUUAUGAUUCCAGUCGUCAACUCGUCCUGGAUCAAAGCCUCCAUUCACAGGAACAAACAGGCCCAGGUCCGCCCCUACUCGCCCGACCCGCGCAUGUUCUUCUCCAAAGUCACACUCACCUGUGCCGACCUACCUGAAAUCGACAAGGAGACCAUCAUCGGCGCGACACUCGCCAUGGGCGGCAUGGAGAGCGCCGACGUCACGCGCCAGACCACACACAUCUGCGCCCUGACCAUGGAACAUCCGAAAUGCGUCACCGCUAAAGAGAAGGGACUCAAGUGCAAGAUCGUUCUGCCACAUUGGUUCGAAGACUGCUUCAAGCUCGGCAAACGAAUCGACGAAGGCCCCUACACAUUGCCCGACCCCGAAAUCCUGAGAAACCCAGAGUUGCAAGGCGAAGUGCGAGUGCCCAAGUACGAUCACCUUCAAGGAGCGACGUCUACCGUACCUAACCAACUCGUCGAUAGCACGCGCAAAACUGCCACCAUCUUCCAAGGCAAGAAUGUCAUGUUCUCGAGUGACCUCAGCAUCUCGCCGCGAUCGCUAGAUAUCAUCAAGCAGCUCGUCAGCAACGGAGGCGGUAGAGUGGUGGAGGACGUAGACGACUGCGACUAUUUCGUUUGCCAGUACCGCGACGGCGAGGACUACAUCAAGGCUGCUCAGUCAGGCAAGGAUGUCGGAAACCUCUCGUGGCUGUACCACUUGAUCACACAGAACGAAUGGACCUCGCCCCUGCGCCGAUUGCUCCAUUACCCCAUCCCCAGAAAUGGCAUCGAAGGCUUCAAAGACCUCAGAAUCUGUGUUUCCAACUACGGCGGUGACGCCCGCAUUUACCUCGAAAACCUCAUCAAAGCGAUCGGUGCCACAUAUACCAAGACCAUGAAGGCGGAAAAUACGCAUCUCAUCACGGCCCGGAGCAGCAGCGAGAAGUACGAGGCGGCAAAGGACUGGAACAUCGAGACCGUCAACCACUUAUGGAUCGAGGAGAGCUAUGCCAAGUGCGAGAAGCAGAGGGUCACGAUUCCCAAGUACUCUCAUUUCCCGGUCCGUACGAAUCUCGGCGAGGUUAUCGGCCAGACCUUUUUCGACGAAUCCAGGUUACGAGAGACGUACUACCCCGGUGGAGAGGAGCAAAUGUCGCCUGGUGCCAAGCGGAAGCGCAAAAUUCUCGAAGCUGCGCAGGACAACUCGUACAAUCACGGUCCGGCGGAAGGAGUAGUAAUUAGCGAACCAGCAGAGAAGAACGACGAGGCCAUUGACGAUAGCUUCAUGACGCCGGUCCGUCCCAAGAGAGGAGCGCGCGGUAAAGAAAACGACACGCCUUCGGUCGUAUCGACAGGAAGCCGAAGCGCAAAGAGCAAGGCGCUCACCAACCUGCAGCGUAUCGCGCCGGACAUUGCCCUGUACGAGAAGGAGAAGAAGCGUGGAGCAAAGGACGGACACGGCCCGUGGGGCGGCAAGCGUGCCGCGGACCAGAUCGACCGAGAGCGCGGCCGAACAUCCAGCCCGGCACAAGCAGCCGCAGACGACGACGAUGACGACAAACGCCCGGCCAAGAAACAAAAGGCUUCACGUCCCGACGUUGAGAUGAGAGUCGUCUUGACCGGAUUCGCAAGAUGGGUCAACAACAAGCACAAGGAGGACGUAGAAAGGAAAAAGCUCCGCGAUAUGGGAAUCCUCAUCGUCCAGGACGAUAAGGCGUGCGACUACCUCGCCGCUCCGCACAUGGUGCGGACCGUCAAGUUCCUCAAAACACUAGCCAAAGGCGCCACCAUCCUCUCAUCUAAGUUCAUCGAAGAGGCCCUCGACAAGGGCGAGGCGCCCGACCCCGAAGAUUUCCUUCUCAACGACAAGGAAAAUGAGAAGAAAUUCGGCGUCAAGAUCCAGACAGCCGUCUCGCGCGCCAGGGCCAACCACGGCAAGCUCCUCUGGACCGUGCCCGUCUACUGCACGGAGCAAAUCAGCAACGGGCCCGACAGCUACAAGGCCAUCGCCGAGGCCAACGGCGCCAUGUUCAAGCUGUAUCGCGCGCGCAGCGGCACCACCAUCAAGCCCACGACGCCAGAGGAGGACGGCGGCGCCCCGCCCGAGCCCGUCUACCUCCUCAGUUCCAACAGCGCUCAAGAACGGGCUCUCUGGCCCAAGUUUGAAGAAAUGGCUCGCAAGGGACACAUGGAGCCGCGCAUCGUGGCGGCAGAUUGGCUGCUGGACGUGGCCAUGACGCAGCAGGUGACGUUUGACGAGAAGUACCUGGUCAGCAACUUUUUUGAAAAGACUUCAUAG